UUUGCCUCAGCCAUGUCUGCACAGGGGUAGCCUUGCACCCUGGCCGGUUUGAGGCUAUGGCUGUGCCCAACCGGGUGGUUCCUGGAUGCCACGGCGUAUGACGGCCUGAAACCCCGUCAAAGCCUGACUAUAAUUAAACGGACGGGGAACAGUUCGACGUCCGUCUCAUAUCCGGCCGUUAUCCCCUUAGCCUUAGCUUAUCGUUUGCUUUUGCGACGGUCAAUUUUCCCUCCUCCUGUCAUUCGAUUCUCCCACAUUCCUCUUCGAAAGUCACUCUUUACCAAUUCAUUUCAAACCUGUUCCUCAAGAUGGUGCACCUCACUUCAGCUACCAGCAUCGCCCUGCUCUCGCUUCUCCUGCCGUCUGCCCUGGCAGCAGACGACCUCCCCCACUCCAUUGUCGGCUGCAACGACCUGGACUGUCCCAAAGACGGCGCUGAUGACCGCUGCACCAUUGACGACCACACCUUCCUCGGCGUCGGGCUGGCCCGGAUCGCCGACGCGCCGUCCUCGCUCGAGGGCAUAUCGCUCGUCAAGGGUGUGAACGUGUCGUCCAGCGGCGCCGGCAGCGACAACGACAAGCCCACCCGUCCCUUCACCUCGGUCUACUACCUGGGAACGCCGUCGGACGUCAAGACCAGCAACCUGUCCGGCUGCGCCGUGGUGUUCAACGACCCGCCAUCGAAGCAGUUCGACGGCGCCGAUCUCGAGGGCAACACGCGCAACAAGACCGACUCUCGCGCGGCCUACGGCACCUGCCCCGACGUGGUUGACCAGAAAUGCAUCGACGCGCUGACCAAGCGGGCCAGCGAGGUCGCGGACGAUGCGGACGGAAACCCGUGCUCGGCGCUCGAGCGCGAGCUUAAGAAGGACGACCUCGACGACUGCAAGAACCUGGGCGGUGCGGGCAACGGCUUCGGGAACUUCUCCGUUACCUCGUUCGGCGAUCUCAAGACCGUCAGCAACUCGUCGGCCGACUGCUGGCCUGUUUCGCCCAAGUCCGACGGGCUGGCUGAGAUUUCUGUCGAGGUUUCUCACUCUAACUACACCGCCGACGCCCUCAUCGACGAGGCCUGGAAAAUCACCCCCGUCCUGACCGUCUUCGUGUCCGGCAACGGCAGCUCCGUCGACAAGACCUCGUCGCAGCUGACCUGUCUGAAAGUCGUGACAAAGGAGAACGCCAGCGAGUCCGACAGCGGGGAAUCCAGCUCUGCUACGGCGCUCGAGAUCAACGGCGGCGUGCGCGCUGCAGGGAUGGCCGUUUUGCUGGGGGCAGUGCUUGCGGUGCUAUAAAUACCCGCCAUACCAUGCAAGGGCGCAGACAGCGAGCAUGGGUGAGAGAUUCAAUGGCGCGAGCUUUCCUUUCGUUGGCUUUUUUCCCUUUCUUUGUUGUUUUAGUUAGUUGGGUUCUUUUGUUUUUCUCCAUACCUGCCUGGGUACCCUACCUACCCCCUACGCAUAGGUAGCCUACCUGAGGACCAGUGUACUAAGAUACAUAAAUAGACAAGCGAGGCAUUUACCACCUC